AUGUUUGUAAGACAGGGGAAGAAAGCUAUAUCGAAUUAUGCUAUAGCGAGAAAGGUCAGACUCAUAUCAAUAUCUUCUAGAAUUUUUCAGCUGCAACUACAAGAAACUUCUAACACAAAUGAACCUUUUGAUUGGGAUAGAGGAGCUCGAACCAACAAGACAAACUUAUCUCCAUUAUACGCGUCAAUGAAAAGAUUGAUGGAUCAGAAUCCAGGAUGUGUAAGCUUAAUACAAGUGGGUAGUUUCUAUGAAUUGUAUUUUGAUCAGGCUGAAAUAUAUGGUCCAAAAUUAGGAUUGAAAGUAGCCACUAGGAAAACAAGUAACCAUUGUAUCCCAAUGGCAGGGUUUCCCUUGAGUCAGCUUCGUAAAUUUGUGGAAGUAUUGGUACAAGAGCAUAAUGUCAAUGUAGCUAUUGUUGACCAAAACUCUCUGAAAGAUAAAACAAUCCAUAAUUUGAUUCAUAGAAAGAUUUCAAGAAUUAUUUCUCCAGGGACUUUGAUCGAUGAAUCAUUCCUAAAUUUCGACAAGAACAAUUAUCUUGUCGCGAUAUCCUUCCCUCCCAACAUGGAAAGAUUACCUCCUGACCCAGAUAUGCCAGUUGGAUUGGCUUGGAUCGAUGUAUCUAUUGGUGAAUCACUCGUACAACAAACAACACUUGGAGAUUUGGUUUCAGAUUUAUCCAGAAUUCAACCUAGUGAAAUCUUAAUCUCCAAAACCCUUCAGUCAUCAAACCUCCAUACUGGGAAAUGGUACGCCCCAUUACAAGAUCUCAGACGAUAUUUUAUAAGAUAUCAUACUAUAAAAUAUACAGAUCUAAAACUUCAAUUCAAAGCAAGUGUUCAAGCCACUAGAAAAGCACUCGAGGAAUUCACUCCAAGAGAAGAAGCUGCCAUGAAUAUGAUUCUCUCUUAUGUAAGUGUCAAUCUUCCCGAAGCCAACUUUUCCCUCGAACUCCCUACCCAAUAUAUGAACUCCGACUGUCUUCAAAUGGAUGCAAGAACAAGAGACGCAUUAGAGUUGACGGAAAGAGCGAUUGGUGGAAGAUCAUCUACAAUAGGAACCCUUCUAUCGACGAUAAAAAGAACCACGACUGCCUCGGGUACAAGAUUAUUGAUUCAAUGGAUUAAGUCACCUGUUUUAGACAUCAACGAAAUUGAAAGACGUCAACAGUACGUGGAGAUGUUUUUAUAUAAUCCGUAUUUGACAACACAAACCAGACAUCAUUUGAAUGCGAUCGGGGAUUUUGUUAGGUAUGCUCAAAGAUUAUCGAUGGGUACUGGGGAUGUGGUGCAUCAUUUGGUCUCCAUCGCAGAUAGCUUAAAUAAAUUAGAAGCAUUUGAAACAUUCUUGAAAGAGGAAUAUGACAGAAAUCCAGAACAAUUGAAUGUCUUGAGGGAUUUUCUUAAGGAAUUGUAUAUACCUAAGGAUAUUGCUAAUGAAGUGUACGAAACAAUUUAUGUUGAAAAGCCGGUUGAUAUUGAGGAGGAAGAGAUCGUGAUGAGCGAACUCCAGCAAAGUGAAAGUGCAGAAACCGAAGGUUCUAUUACAAUCUCUGAUUCCGGUAUUGCAAAUGAGCCGCCUGUGCCAGUCAAUCUAGAUCUUGAGAGUGUUCCAGAAAGAGCUGACUCUAAAGACGCUUAUCUGAAUAGCUUCCUUGCCAAGUAUCGCAUAAAAGAAGAAGACAGGCUCAUGCCUCAAUUUGCAUUUACAAUUAAUCGUAACUACAACCCUGAAUUGUCGCAAUUACAUUCAGAGCUUGAUCUUCUUGAAACUCGGGAAUCAGAACUCAUUGCUAAGGUUAAAGAAGAUAUCCAUGCUAUAGAUCCAAAAAUUGAAGUCGUCAAGAAAGAAACAUAUGGUAGAUAUGAGAAUAUCCUUCUUAUUUCAGGAAAGCAAAAGUCAAUCGGCCAAGCGUACAAGAUCCUCGAGCAUGAUAUUAGAGAACAUAAAAAGAAACUGCUAAUCUUCAAGUCCAAUGAUUGGAGGGCAUUACAACACCUAAUUCGAGAAAAGCGAGACAGCAUAACUGUCAUCGAACAACAAAUCAUUGAGGAAUUAAAAAGCAAAGUCAUCGAUCAAAUCCCGUCCAUCAAAGCUGCACUGAAAUUAGUUGAUUUCCUCGAUGUGACCUCUUCCUUCUCGGUCUUAGCCAAAGAAAACCACUGGGUCAAGCCAACCCUCACGACCUACCCUAUCCUCGCAAUCGAAAAUGGUAGGCACGUAGUCGUCGAAUCCAGUCUUCAACAAUCAGGAACCAAUUUCACCCCGAACAACUCUACCGUCGGUCAAAAUGGUAAACUAUGGGUCAUAUCAGGACCAAAUAUGGGAGGUAAAUCGACUUAUCUUCGUCAGAACGCACUCAUGGUUAUCCUUGCCCAAAUUGGCUCCUACGUUCCAGCAUCUUCAGCCACGAUCGGGAUAGUUGACAAAAUCUUCACCCGAAUUGGGGCAAGUGAUGAUUUGUUUAAUGAUUUGAGUACGUUUAUGGUCGAGAUGAUCGAAACUAGCAAUAUCCUCCAAAAAGCCACACUGCAAUCACUUGCGAUUGUGGAUGAAAUAGGUAGGGGUACGAGUGGAAAAGAAGGGAUUGCGAUUGCAUAUGCGACAUUAGUGGAAUUGCUUCGAACAAAUAAGUGCCGAACCUUAUUUGCCACCCAUUUUGGGAUCGAAUUGGAACUGAUGUUGAAGGAGAAUGGAAUUGACCAAAGUGAUGUAAGAUAUUUCAGGACGAGGGUUUUGCAUAAUGCGAAUCCCGACAAUGAGUUUGAAUCCCCAUUGAUUAUUGAUCAUGCUUUGGAAGAAGGUAUAAGUGAGAGGUCGCAUGCUUUGGAGAUUGCAAGGAUGGCAGGGUUUCCCAAGCUGGCAUUGGAUGUUGCAAAGAGGGCCUUGGAUGCCAUGAGUUAG